AUGGUAGGCCGUGCGCCAAAGAAGCGACGCAUGAAAGCGAAUGACCGGAUUUCCCGUCUGCAAGGAUCCCGAGUUCCGCACAGCACGACUUUACCUCAAUCAGGUCCAGAAAGCGGGUCUUCCCAGCAACCGCUAGUCAGUGUGGCCAGGACAGAGCAUCAGCCUACCGCAGUGACUACUACGAUGGGGGAUGGUUCCAUUUUCACGAUGGGGGAGUUUACCGCCGUCGCUGCCGACACAGAGAUCAAUAGUUAUAUGCAGAACCUGUUAAGCAACUACCCAGCGGAUCUGCCGCUGGUUUCUCCCGGCGCGACCGAUCCUAUCUGGCUGGGAACGGAGAACUUGUUCCCUGAUUUGCCUCUAGACAUCCCUGGGAUUUCCACUUCCGAGGGCAUGUCCGAUAAGUGCACUCUGGAAUUCCCCAUCCAGGAGCGGAAGGCGCAUGCGGUGCGGUCCCGAUUGGCGGAACAAACUGACGCGAGAGCCCCAAUCACCCCUAGCUAUCGCGAGAACUCAGCUAUGUCGUCUCAUAUGCAUGCCUCCGCCCUGAUGGAGACCAUAGAGUGCUUGGAAGAGCAGCUACAGAACCCCCAGGCCCCAAUCGAUCAAGCGAUGCAGUUGAACCGGCACGCCAUGGCCAAGGUACGGGAGGUGAGCAAGACCGACGAAUUUCGACGGUGCCAUAGUUGCCCGCUCUUGGUGGCGACUAUCAUGGAUCUGGUUGUAGGGCUAUAUGAGAUCGUGAUCCUCUCAACCGAGCGCCCUGCGGUCGACGAGAACAAUCCGCUCUGGCAAAACAGUCUGUUUCAGCAGCCGGCUGAGAUGAGCGAGACACCGAGUAGUGGAUCGAGUCCCAGAUCGGCCAUCAGCGGGGGUUCAGAGGCCCCGCUUUUCCAGUUUGGAUGUCUCGAGUUUGAUCCAGAGGAACAAGAGAUCUUCCGGGCUGCAAUGAUGCGGCGUGAUUUGCGACGAUGCGUUGAAACCAUUCAGUACUGUAGUCAAGAGAUUCUGCAACAGCAGACACAGGCUGCGGAUCUACGCAGAAGGCCAUCAAAUAAGAUACACACCCAGUGGUACCAGGAGAUGGGAUCCCGGACUAAGGAGCUUCUUGCAGCUCUUCCCGCCCAGUGCAGCAGGCACCGAUGA